UGCGCCAGUCUGCGAUCUACCGGCGAGUCAGUCACCUGCUCUGGACUCUUUUGGCCCUCCUAGUCCAGCGAACCCGACGACGCGUCCACCCAGCCUCGAGUAUGCGGGACAAGAGUGAGGAGCCUUGCUGUCUGCCCCUCAAGGAGGAGUUCCAGCGUUCCAAAUUCUCGCUGCAUUACGAUGAUCCUGGUGCCUUCUGCCGCUCCCAGUGGCAGAGGGGGGAUCGCAAUCUGAUCUGGCUUCUAUAUCGAUGGGUCCUGGCGGCAUUCUUUGCAGGCGGAGUCAUUGGCAGCAUGGUGAGCUCCUUUAACGGUGGACGCUGGUUCAUCUAUCUGACGGAUUGGGGCUUCUCGCUGUGCUUCUACUGCUGCACCUAUGGCGCUGUUUUGGCCACGAUUUACUUCAUCAGACCCUCCUAUUUCGCUCCUGGAAGUUGGGCCCUAAAGAUCUAUUGGAUUUCUCACUAUACAACUGUGGUGCUUGCCAUGCUGAUUACCUUGGUUUUCUGGGCUGCUCUCUAUCCUUCAAUGCCUGAAAUGGGAGCUGAGCUGUACAAUUUGUGGGCUCAUGCCUUUAACUCGGUUUGCAUGAUCUUUGACUGCUUCAUGGUGGCCUUUCCAACACGGAUCAUGCAUUUUGUGUAUCCUUUUACAGCUGGCAUCACCUACGGGAUAUUCUCCUUGAUAUACUUUUGGUCCGGCGGAGUUGAUCCGAUGGGCAAUCGAUUCAUCUACUUCAUCUUGGACUGGGAGCGACCCGGUCUGGCCAUUGGAACUGUUUGUGGAUGUGUGGUGUUGGUUAGCUUCUUUUGUGUGCUGGUAUUUGGUUUCUAUAGAUUACGUAUCUCAAUGCAAGAAUGUUGCUGUAGAAAACCUGAGGAAAUCCCAGCCACGACAGCUCCUCCUCCUAUUGAGCCAAGGCAUGUUGCUUGAAAAUUCUAAAAAAAUUCUUCUAAAAGAGUUUUAGAAAAGCAGUAGAAGGAGUAUUUGAUUUCUUUGAGGAAUCCUAAAGAUAGUCCUGCCGCUGGUUCAUUAAGUAUCUUAUCUUUUACAUUCUCAGCUAGAGAAGGUAUUAGCCUAAAAUGGUAAAAAAGCCUGAUCAAAAAUAUUUAUUAGAAAUAUCAACCAAUAAACCAUAUUCCAUAACAA